AUGACUCAAAUACCAGACAAAAAGCAUUCAAAUGUGCGGUUUGUAACCUUCAAUGUCAAUGGGUUACGUACCUUUUUCCAUUACCAUCCUUUCAGUGGUAUGAACAGCUCUUUGGCAAGAGUCUUUGACCACUUCCAAUCGGAUAUUAUCACAUUUCAAGAGCUCAAGACAGAUCAACUAGCCUUAACGAAGUGGGGGAAAACUCGCAAUUUCCAUUCAUUCAUAUCUAUUCCUACCAAGCGACGUGGCUACUCCGGAGUUGGCUGUUGGGUACGCAUUGUUAGUCCCGAUGACCCUCUUUUUGACGUUCUGCAAGUAGUCAAGGCUGAAGAGGGCAUCACAGGCUACUUGAAGGUCAAAGUUGGCAAAAACAGUGUUAGGUACCGAGAUGAUAGCUCAAUUGGGAUUGGUGGAUAUGAUUCAUUGGGAAUUGAGAACGAAACAGAGGCUCUUUCGCUUGAUUGCGAAGGACGGUGCGUUAUGGUGGAAUUGAAAUGCAACAUGGUAGUCAUAAGCACGUACUGUCCGGCCAAUUCGAUGCAAACGGACGACGGCGAAGAGUUUAGAUUGAAAUUCCUCAAAGUCCUGUUCAGACGGAUACGCAACUUUCAUGCCAUGGGGAAAACAGUGGUUUUGAUGGGCGAUAUCAACGUAUGUCGAGAUCUUAUUGACCAGGCAGAGGCUCUGAAGAGCUGGAGAAUUACGGUGAGUGAUCUCACCAAAGGCUCAGAGGUGGAAUCUUCCCAUAUGGAAGCCGUCAAGGAUUUUAUUUAUGCACCGUCAAGACCAGCCAGACGGCUUUUGAACGAAAUGUUAGCAGACUCAAAACUAUCACAUUUAGCAGCGUCAGGAACACUGCUAGACACGACUAGACACUGUCAAGGAAAUGAUAGACUGAAAAUGUACACGGUAUGGAAUACUCUAAAAAAUUCUAGGCCCAUCAACUACGGCUCCAGGAUCGACUACAUUUUGGUAACUUCUAAAAUGAAAGACGAUAUCGAGAAAGCCGAUAUAUGGCCCCAGAUAAUGGGUUCUGAUCAUUGUCCUGUGUUUGCUGAUAUACAUCCGCGCAGCGCUAGCGACAAAGAUGACACAACUACCCGUGGCGUGCCACCUUUCGAGGCCAGGUUUAGACACAACCUGAAUAAUCGAGAUAUCACUAGCAUGUUCCGGCAAAGUGCAGCACCGCAACAGACAGAUAAUCCAAAGUCUCAAUCAUCUCUGCGAGUGAAAAAAUCAGACACUGAGCUUCAAACCAAAAAGAAGCAGGAGUCAAUCAGAACAGCUUUGAAAGUUCCUGCGAAUAUGAAAAACGUGGAUUCUGACGUUCAGAACAAGUCACAGUCCGUAUCGCCGGCCAAAAAGUCCAACUCCUUUUACACAAUGCUGAAUGGAAUGCUUGAUGGCCCUCCCUUGUGCAAACACGGCGAAGAAGCGAUUUUAAGAACUUCAAAAACAGAUAACAGCCGUGGCAAGAAAUUUUGGGUCUGUCCCAAGCCCAAAGGGGACCCUACUGAUGAAGGUGCAAAUUGUGAUUUCUUCCAAUGGAAGUAG